AUGGUAUUUGAAAAUCUAGUUGUCUAUCUACUGGAUAAAUAUUUGGGUGAUUAUAUCGAAAGUCUAGAUACAAAAAAACUAAAAAUUGAUUUAUGGAAUGGAAAUGUUGUUCUUGAAAAUCUAUAUCUAAAAUCCAACGCACUGGCGGAUUUAAAUCUUCCUGUCACUAUAUCAACUGGAUAUUUACAAAAAUUAACACUUCAAAUUCCAUGGACAAAUUUAUAUACACAUUCAACAAAAGUAACAAUCGAUGGACUUUUUGUACUAGUUAUACCAAAAACUGAAGUCGAAUAUGAUGCUCAAAGAGAUGCAAAAGAAAAACAUGAAGCUAAAAUGAAAGAAGUUCGAAAAGUUGAAAAACUUCGAAAAGAAAAAGAAGUUGAAAAAAAUGCGAAAGGAAAUGAUAAAAAUAACGAUACUUUACUUGAACGUAUGCAACUUCAAAUUAUUCGAAAUUUGGAAUUAUCAAUUCGAAAUAUUCAUAUUGUUUAUGAAGAUAAAUCAACUAAACCAAAUCAUCCAUUUUCAUUUGGAAUAACUCUUAAUUAUAUAUCACUUCAUACAACAACACCAGACUGGGAAUCGGCUAUACUCAAAGAAGAUACAUCAUUGAUUCAUAAACUUGGUGAAUUAAGUGCUUUAUCAAUUUAUUGGAAUACAAAUGCUAAAUCUCGAACAGAUUUAGCAAGAGAUGAUGCUAUCAAUAGUUUAAAAGAAAAAAUAGCUAUUGAUAAUCAACACGCACCAUCUGAUAUCUCAUACAUUCUUCGUCCACUUAAUGUGAAAGCACGACUUGUAUUAGCAAUGAAACCACGUGAAGAAGAUUUUAAACGACCUAUGUUUGAUAUUAAAGUUGAUUUAGAUGAAAUCAGUCUUAAUAUGAAUCGUGAUCAAUAUUCGGAUUUACUUGAUCUUCUUGAAUUUCUAGGUUAUCUUAGUGUUCAAUCCAAAUAUAUAAAAUAUCAUGUGAAAAAAGAAUUAGUAGAAAAGAAAACAUUAAGAAAUUGGAAAUUUGCUUAUGAAGCAAUUGUUAAUGAAGAAAUUCGACCAAGAUUUGAUUGUUAUAAAUGGGAAAAUAUAAAAGCACAUUUAAAACGUUGCAGAGAAUAUCGUACAUUACAUUAUCAAAAACUAAUAGGGAAACUAACCCAGGAACAAAAAACUCGUGCUGAAGAAUUAGAAAAAAAACUUAAUGUUUUUAAUUUAACAUAUAUUCGUCGAAGUGUCGAAAUUGAAGCUCGAAAAAAGGAAGAACAAGAACCUAAAACUUGGCAGAGAAAUGUAUCAAAAUGGUGGAGCAGAAAUCAACCAAAAGAUCAUUCAGAACUUAAUUUAGAAAAAGAUAUGUCACUAGAAGAGAAGAAAAAAUUAUAUAACGCUAUUGGUUAUGAAGGAGAAGAUACUUCAACGUCAACUUAUCCAGAAGAAUAUGUUGAUAUUGAUUUAGCAAUUCGAUUAAAUAUGCUUGAUGUUAACAUUUGGUCUAAAAUUAACGAACACGAUACUCAAUUUCGAGUUAUUGCUCGUGGUGUUAUACCUGAUACGAGUUUAAUAUUCAAACGAAGACCAGCUACCGAUGCUCUUGCUAUAUAUGUUGAUUUGGGCUCAUUUCAAGUAUUUGGUAUUGCAACAAAUUCCAGUCAAUCCGAAUUAUUAAACGAUAGUCGACCUGUACUUGUACGUCCAUCAGCAUUAUCAUUAACUAAUCAACAAAAAUUCUUACAAGUAGAAUUUGAAACAAAUCCAUUAGAUAAAAAAUCUGAUUAUCGUGUUAAAGUUGUUUCACAAUCAUUAGAAAUAAAAUAUAAUGCUCCAACAAUUAAUAAAUUAGUAGCAUGUUUUGAAUCCAAUGCUUAUCGAAAUUUACAAGGUGUUAAACAAGUCGCAUAUUCAACUUAUGCAGAUGUUAAACAUCGUUCAUAUAUAUUAAUGAAACAUAAUAUCGAAAAAAUCAAAGUUUUAGAUAUUUAUAUUGAUAUUCAAUCAUCUUAUUUUCUUUUACCAGCAAAUGGAGUUUACCAAGAUAAUGCUGCAACAAUAUGUAUGGAUUUAGGUCAUUUGACAUUAAAACGAGGAACAAAAUCAAAUGAUAAUGGAGAAGAAUUCGUUCCAGCUAAAAAAGCAAAAGAUAUUAAAGAUGCUCGAGAAAAAUCAUAUACACAAUUUAAAUUGAAACUUGAAGAUAUUCAAUUAAUUUACGCAAAUCGAAAUGAAAGUUGGGAAAGUGCUCGUAAAGAAAAAAAUACACGUAUACAUUUGAUUCAACCAAUGGAACUUGAAUUAGAUGUUGAUAAAUGUAUUUAUAAUGAUGAUGCUGUGUUACCUGCUUGGAAAGUUGCUGGAAAUAUUCCUAGUGUAGAUUUACGUUUAUCAGAUACACGCUUAUUUCGAAUAAUGCAGCAUAUUCAAUCAAUUCCAUUUCCGAAAUCGAAAACUAACGCAAUUGCCCAAGCACCAGUCGAUGUCGAAUCAGUACCUGCACAAUCGUUAGUUAUCGAUAUGGAAGAAACAUUAGAGGCAGUUGAAGGAAUAACAUCCGUAAAAAAAACUAAAGAAAAAAAGAAAAAGGAAUUUAAAGGACAAUUAACACAAUUAGAAGCUAUGUUUACACUUGAUAAAAUUGAUUUGCAUAUUGAUAAAGCUGCAAAUGAGAUUAAUGAUAAGGAUAAUGAUGAACCAUUUCUUUGUUUAACACUUGAAUCUAUAAAUGCUAAUACAAAAAUAAAAACAUUUGAUAUGGAACUUAAUGCAUCAUUAGCUAAUUUCAUUGUUUAUCAUCAACAAUUUAUUGGUAAAGAUAAUCAACCAUUACGUUUAUUAUCAGCUCAAUUAGAUAAACAAAAUACAACGGAAAAACAGAAAUUAGUUAGUUUAAAAUUUCUACAUACUUCACAAAAAAAUCCGUUAUUUUCAUCUUCAACUUAUAAUGAAAUUGAGAAUAAAGCGGAUGUUCAUUUUAGUAAACUUGUUGUCACAUUACAAUUAGAAGUACUUUUAUCCAUAUUCAAAUUUCAAGAUUCAUUAAUGAAAAAAUUACCGAAGGAUAUAACAGACAAUCAAAUAAAAGAGCCACCAAAGGAAGAAGGAAGAUAUAUUGAAAAUAAUGAUAAAACAGAAAAGCCUGUUAAGAAAAAUGAUACUCCAGCAACAACUUCACUUAAAAUAAAUGCUGAUCUAGAAGAAUUUCGAAUAAUUCUUGCAUCAAAACAAGCACGAUUAUUUGACAUUCAAGUUCAAGGUAUCAAAGCUAAUGUAUCAAAAUCAUCAGAAAAGACAUUAGUUAAUUUAAUUCUAUCAGAUCUACGCGUUUUUGAUCCGUAUGAAGGAGCACGACAUCGAAAAAUUAUUUCUCAACAAGGUGAUGAUAAGGAAUUACUUCGUGUUGAUUUAUACUUGUUCAAUCAUCCAGUGGGAUAUAAAAGACCUAUUAACGUUUAUGACUGCGCUGUGGAAGUUGAAUUUGCUAAAGCCAAUAUUGUGAUUCUCUUCAAACAUAUCAAUGCACUUUUAGGUUUUCUUCAUACACUAAAUAUAACUAAAGCAGCACUUGGUUUAGCAUCAACACAAGCAGAUGUUGCCUAUGAACAAGUACAAAAAUUACAAGAACAAGCAUUUAAAGUUCAUCUUGAUAUAACAUUUAAUGCUCCAAAUAUAAUUAUUCCAACAAAUUCAUAUUCUGAUGAAGCUUUAUUAUUUGAUUUGGGUAAAUUAACAUUAUUAACACGUUUUUAUGAUGAUCCAAAACGUUCGCUUGUUGAACAACAAAAUAUUCGAUUAGAAAAUGUUCUUAUUAGUCGUGUUAAACUUAAUCAUGAUAAUAAUAUUCUUGGUGAAAUUAAUUUACUUGAAUGUGCGGAAUUAAAUACAUUAAUUAAUCGUUUAAUGUAUCCUGAAAAAGUUAAAAAUGAACCAGGAGUUUCAGUUAAAGUUGAAUGGGACUUAGUUCAUUUUCGAUUAGCUAAAGGUGAUUAUUCAUGUGUUAUGAAAGUCUUAAUGGAAAAUUUUACAGAAAAUAUUCGUGAUCAAAUACCUGAAACUGCACAACUUGAACAAUAUCAUUAUAGACAAGAAGAACAAGAAAAAGAAGAAGAAGCUUUAAGAAAUGCUGUAAUUAAAAGACAACAAGAUGCUCAUGGUGGUGAAGUUUUACAAACAGUUAAAAUUCGAGCAGAAAUUAAGAAAUUAGCUUUGACACUUUAUUUGGGAGAAUCAAAUUUGACGGUUCGUCGUGCACCACGUGAUGAAACUUAUAAAUUAGCUAACGUUCAAAUACAAUUAAUAGAAGUAUUAUUUCGUCAACAAACGGAUUUAAGUUAUAAAGCAAUGGUACGUGUUAAAAAUUUUCUAGUUGAUGAUUUACGUGAAACAAAUAAAGCAACAAGUGUAACACGUAUGAUGGAUAGACAUUUUACAGUUGAUCCAAAUGCUCAAAUGGUUAUUGCAUCAUCUGAAUUUAAACCAAAAACUCCAACAAAUUCAACGGCACUUAAACAAUUAAGUGCUCAACUUGAAAGUUUUUACAUAUGUAUCAAUCUGGAUUAUUUAAUGGCAUUACAAGAUUUUUUUAUAUAUGGUUUACCAACUGGUAGUACAAAAACAAGAUCUCGUACAUCCGCAAUGGCAUCUGAAAAAGAAAUUUCAACUAAAACUGAUAAUGAUAAUAAUCGAUUGAAAGUAGAUCCAAGACUAAGUCGACCUUCAAUUACAGCACAAAAACUUCCAACACUAUCAUCAAAACUUUCUGCACCUGAACCACCAAGUUCAUCUAAUGCUGAUUCAGAGAUCGAAACACGAAUUGAUGUGAUUGUAAAAAAUCCCGAAAUUAUUUUACUUGAAGAUCAACAUAAUUCAAAUUCGACUUGUCUUGUACUUGACUUAGCCUUACAAAUGCGUAUGAUUAGUAUUGGUGUAGAUUCGAAAUUAGAUAUUUGGUUAAAAGAUUUAACAGUUUACAGUUCAAAUUUUGCAGAAUUAAGAGAUUCAAAAAAUGCUGGUUCAAAAACAAAAUAUCGCAUUUUACAAUCAGCCAAAGCUGGUGUUAUUGUAAUUAUGGAUAAUUACCAACAAAAAAUUGAUAUACGAAUAUCCGAUAUUAUUGUUAGUAUUGCACCAGCAGCAGUUAAAACAUUGAUUAGUGUUACAAGUUCAUUAGGAACACUUCCGACAGAUGUUGAAGAAGAAAAAGAAAAGGUUAAUUCAAAAUCAUUAUUUACUCCAAAAACAUUUAAAGAUUCAGGUCUUUGGUAUAUAAAAGAAUACGAAGAAAAACAAGCUAAAGUUGAAUCAACUGAUAUAUUAGAAACUGUUAAAGAAGAAGAAGAAGAUAAAAUGAUAGAAAAAGAAGAAAAAAUUGAAGCACAAACCGUUUUAAUACAACAGUUAAUUUUAACACUGGAGACAAUUCAAAUUAAAUUGGAAGUUGGUUUAGGUUUAGUAACAAAAUCUGUUGUUGCAAUGUGUUUAUCAAAUUUAACAGCUGAUGUUAAAAAUUGGACAACAGAUUUAAGUCUUUCGUCAACUGUUAGUAUUGAAGCUGCAUUAUUUAAUGAACGGAUGCUUGCUUGGGAACCACUCAUUGAACCAACAAUUGAUGCAAGUGGAUCUAUUCUUUCACCUUGGUGUAUCACAUGUUCAAUUGUACCUGUAUUGCCAUUAACUGAAAAAAGUAGAUCGGCAGUAUCAAAUGAACAAGAACGAAAAGAGGGUGUACCAUCAAUAAAUUAUAAGCAAAUUGUAUUCAUACAUGCCGAUCAAUUACUCAAUUUAACAAUAACAAAAACAGGUUUUGAUUUAGUUCAACGUUUAUCAGUUUUAUUCAAUGAUGUUUAUAAUAAACGAUUACCAUUUACUGAAGAUAAUGAUCAACCAAUGUUAUCAUUAUUUAAUAGAACUGGACGAGACAUAUUCAUUGAUAAUUUAGAUGGUCUUGAAUUUGCUGAGAACGUGACACUCACAUCAAUAGCUUUAAGACCAGAUGGUUUCGUUCCAUUGCUUGUAGCAAAUGAUCGUCAAUCAGCAGCAAGACUUUCUGUUAUUGAAGAACAAGAUUCUAAACGACGACAAGAAUUUGGCGUUAAAAUUGGAGAUGUUGUUAAAACUGUUACUAUCAAUCGAACAUGGAAACGUGUUUAUGAAUUAGGUCCAUCACCAAAUCCAAAUUGGUCAGUUCAAAUGCUUUGUGAUACACAAUUACGAAAUGAUCGUCGAUGUGUUAUUCUUAGUUCAAUUGUUAAAGUUUAUAAUAAUACAACAAUGCCUUUAAUUAUUUUAAAUAUUGAUUCAGUUGAUCCAAAAAAAUAUCAUCGAAUGGCAAAAAUUGAUAUUAAUGGUGAAUAUUAUGUACCAAUUGAUUUACUUUAUACACAUUCAAGUUCACCAAUAUUUAUUUCUACUGAUGAAAAUGAACAUAAUGGUGAAAUUUAUGAUUUUUUUUCAUUUGAUUGGGAAAAAGAAUUUUUAUCGGAAAGAAAAUUAAAAUUAAAAACUGGAAAAGAAGCAAAUUUUAUUAUUUUUAAAGAAGUAACAAAUGCUUAUUCAGAAAAUACCGAUCAACUUGAUCAUGCAAGCUUUAGUCUUUAUAUUCAUCCAGCUCUUCAUUUAACUAAUCUUUUACCAGUCGAUAUUCAAUGUUCAAUUGAUAUUCCAUCAUAUAAUAAUAUAAAAUGGACAUCUGAUCCAGUUGAUUUAAAUGUUGAAGGAAAAGGUGAUCAUAAUGAACAUCUUGUUAUACUUCAUAAUUCUAAUAAUCCUCAACAAAUAUUAAAAAUGGUAUUACGUGUUGAUACAUUCCAUGAAUCAUAUCGUUUACUAUUCUAUUCACCAUUUUGGAUUCUUAAUCGUACUGAAUUACAACUUGAAUUUCAAAUUGAAAAUAAUCGUGCAUUUAUUGAAGUUGCUCAAACACCAUUUUUAGUUUGUCCAGAUAAAUUUGGAAGUGAUGCAAACAAAAAAGGACAACUUCGUCUUUAUAGUACCGAACAAGGAGAUAAUGCAACAAAUUGGUCUGAAAAAUUUUCACUUGAUGUUAUUAAAAGUACUGGUAUGGCAUCAUGUAAAGUUCCAAAUGAUCGAACUUAUAUGGUUUGUGUGGAUAUUGCAACAUGUUCAUUUGGUUUAACAAAAAUUGUUACAUUAUCACCGUCAGUCGUUAUUAUUAAUAAAUCUACAAUGGAAAUUGAAGUAAUUGACACAGUAUCACAUAGAGAACAAGAUAAAUGGCGACCACUUAAUCCUGAACAAAUAAUUCCAUUUUGGCCAUAUGAUAUAAAAAAGGGUGUAAUGCGUGUUCGAUAUACACAUAAUCGUGUUACAUCAAGUCCAUUUAUGAUGAAUCAAAAACAUCGAACACUUUUACGUAUGGAUGAUGAAGAACGUCCAGCAAUAUAUGUUGAAGUCACAGCAACUGAUUUUGAUGGUGUUCGAGUUAUUUUUGGUGAUUAUAAAAUUGGUGAUGCACCACUUCUUCUUGUCAAUUGCUUGAAAAAAGAUCCAAUAUCAUUUUAUCAAGUUGAUAAUGUGCGUGCACAAGUUUUAACACCACUGAAUUAUGUUUAUUAUACAUGGUCAGAUCCAUUAAAACCAAGAGAAUUAGUUAUCUCAUGUGGUUCAAAGAAAAAAACUGUGGAAUUAACUCCUCGGUGUGGUUUUCUUGGACAAGAUGGUGAUCAUAAUGUUAGCUAUACAACAUUUGUUGAUGGUGUUCAAACUGUAUUACUUUUUUCAGAUGAUACCAAAGUCAUUGAAGCUACUUCUGGAAUGCCAUCAUUAGCAGAAUCAAUGGGUCAACGUGUUCAAGUUGGUAUUCAUGAUAUUGGUUUAUCAAUUGUAAAUGAUAUAACACGAGAAGAAAUGCUUUAUAUAAGUUUAAAUAAAUCUAAAGUUGUUUGGACAGAAACAAGAAAAUCACGUGUUCGACCAUUUUCACAUGGUAUAAAUAUACAUUUAGAAGAACUCUAUAGAACUCAUCUUGAACAACGUGAAGCUAAUCCGGACGAUAAAGAACUUUUGAAAAAAAAAUAUCUUAUGGAACAAUUUCCUGAAAUAUCAUUUCAUGGUGAUUCAGCAGAAUUAGUUAAUUCUAAAGGUCAAAGACAAAUAGCUAAACGACAAGCAUUAGAUGGUCUUUGGAUUGAAUAUGCAUGGUCAGUUACAAAUGCUGCAUUACAUAUAAAAAUAAAUCGUGUACAAAUUGAUAAUCAGCUUGAUUAUACAAUGUUUCCUGUUGUUCUUCAUCCAAUAAUAUCAAAAGAAACAGGAACUGAUCUUGCAGAACAAUCAUUUAUUGAAUUAAGUGUUUAUGAAUCGAAAACAAGUCGAUCAAAUGUUAUGCAAUUUAAAUAUUUUAAAUUACUUAUUCAAGAAUUUGCUGUUAAAAUUGAUCAAGGUUUAAUUGAGGCUAUUUUAGCAUUUUUACGAGAAGAAAAAAGUGCAACAGCACCAACAAUAAAUAUGGAUACGGAUUUAGAGCAAAUACAAAAACCACUUGAUGCUAUUAUCAAAGCAUUAACUGAUAGUCCAACAGGCGAAACAGAAAUGUAUUUUGAUAAUAUACAUUUAUCACCACUCAAAAUUCAUGUUAGUUUUUCAAUGCAUGGAUCAAAAUCAAGUCAAGUAUUAUUAGCUGAAUAUCCAUUAGUUGCAUUUUUAUUACAAACAUUAAAUGUUGCAGAAGUUCAAGAUGUUAUUUUACGUUUGGGUUUUUAUGAACGAACACAUGAUCGAUAUACAAUAACAAAAUUAUCGAAUGAAGUUUCAUCUCAUUAUCAAAAUCAAUUUAUGAAACAACUUUAUGUACUUGUUCUUGGUCUUGAUGUACUUGGAAAUCCAUUUGGUGUUAUUCGUGGUCUUGCUGAAGGUGUUGAAUCAUUUUUUUAUGAACCAUAUAAAGGUGCAAUUGAAGGCCCAAUGGAAUUUGCUGAAGGUGUAGCAACAGGUGUUCGAACAUUAGUUGGUUCAGCUGUUGGUGGUACUGCUGGUGCAUUUUCAAAAAUAACUGGUGUACUUGGAAAUGGUUUAGCUUCAUUAACAUUUGAUGAUGAUUAUAAAAUUUCACGUAUAAGACGAAAAGAACCAGCAACUCAUGCAACUACUGAUAUUGCUGUUGGAGGAAAAAAUGUUGUUAUGGGUUUUGUUGAUGGUGUAACUGGUGUUGUUACAAAACCAGUUUCAGGUGCUAAGGAAGGUGGUGCAUCAGGAUUUGUUAAAGGUUUAGGAAAAGGUUUUAUUGGUCUUGCUACAAGACCAACAGGUGGAGUUGUUGAUUUUGCAAGUACUUCAUUAGAUGUAAUAAAACGAACUGCUCAACAAGAAGAAGUUAUACGUCGUGUUCGUUAUCCACGGCAUGUUGGUCGUGAUGGUCUUGUUCGACCAUAUAUUUCUCAUGAAGCAAUGGGAUUUUUUAUUUUGAGUAAAUUAGAAAAUGGGAAAUAUGCUAAAACAGAUACGUAUAUUGCACAUAUAACUUGUGCAGACAGUCCACCAUCUUGGUUAUUAGCUACAUCAAAACGUUUAUUCUUUGUAACUGAAAUAUCAUUUCUUGGUAUAUAUGAAAUUGAUUGGCGAAUUGAAUAUGAAGAUUUAAAAGAAGAACCAGUUGUGAAACCUAAUUUGAAUCAAAUACAAAUUCUUACAAAAGAAUCAAAGAAAACUGGAACAUUAAGAUCAACUCGUUCAUUUGGUAAAAUGGUUAAAUAUAGAAAUAUAUCUGAAGCUCGAUAUAUUGUUGAUAGAAUUACUAAUGCAAUGCAUACCAUUGGUCUUUAA